AUAUUUUGACCCUAAACGACAUCCUGUCUUAACGAAAACAAGAUACUGCAUCGAUGGCAAUCUGCUGCCAGUGUAUUCCGAGAAGGCACUGCGUCAGUAUUGUUGGAAGAUACUCGGCACUACAGAAAUGGUUUCCAGGGUUGCGAACCUCUUAAGAAAUGUUCUUCGAUAUAAAACACUUCUAAUUUUGUUGAUGCUGUUCCAAGCCCAGGAGAGCCUGCAGGACCGGAAGCACGAGAAACCCAAGGCCUUUGCGAAGCCUAUCGGGGGAGUAAAAGCUGCGUCACCGGCUCGCCCUCCUCGCGGAAACCGGUUGCCUCCUUCAGUACCAAGCAGAAGCAGAAUCCUACGGCAGACCCAAGACGCUCCACAGGUUUCACAUCUUAUCAAAGACGAGAUGAAUUACCUGCAAAAUGGAUCUCUUAAAGGAGUUUCCACGCUGUUUCCGGAUCAAUCCGGCGCAAGAUAUGCCACUGAUGGUUAUUUGUCCCUAGAAGAAGUUAAGAACCUAAUUUCUAGUCUUUCGUUGCCCUCCACUAAGUCAUCAAUGUUUGUCUGUAGCCACCCACCAAGUGAAUUUUCCAAGCACUACUUAGGCGAUGCAAUCAUGUUGAAUUCCGGUUCUAAAUGUUCAUUAUCUAACUCGAGGUUAAAGUUAAACGUUGGUGGAGCACAUGAGUUGUGUGCUUCGAUUUAUCAUUCUCUGUAUGGUAUUGAUAUAGUUGGUCAUCUACUUGAGAGAGAUGGUAAACGUUUAUGGUUUUACUAUGAUGAAGACGUGAUUAGACUAUGCUUGCCUCUUUUUGAAAGGUUUGACAGCUGUGAAUUCCAUAAUUUAUAUACAAAGUGCGGUAACAUCUUUUUUAUACAUAGGAGUACAUGUCCGGUACUCUCAUCUGAAAAUCGUUAUGCUAUCACUCAUGUUUUCGAAUACAUAUCUGCAAGUAGGAAUGAAUGUUUGAAAAAGUUGUGCGAAGGUACAUAUUCUCUUUUCAAAUCGGAAAUUCAGGGUUUAAAAUUCGUACUUAGUUGCAUGCUAUCUUCUGAGUCAGAUGAAUUGUGUGAGGUACUUAUGAGUACAAGGAACAAUUACUCGUACAAUAAUGAACAAUGGCCUUGUUGUUACCCUUAUCAUAGUGUCCAUUGGUAUGACAGUCCAGAGAAGUUUGGGCUGAAUGGUGCCUGGAGUUUCCUGUCUCCUUGGUGUCGUGCAGCUGAGAUAGGUCUGAUAGUCAUGGUCUCAUGCGUGGCAGUAGCGAGCUCAGUGGGUAAUGUCUUGGUUGUGAUGGUUAUGGUCAGGCUGUGGCAUCACAAUGAAACGUCAAACAUGCUUCGCUUAAAUUUGGCUUUGGCUGACCUCUUUACUUCCUUAUUCACCGUCUGGCCAUCUCUCUACCAUCAUAUAAAGCCCUUCAUAGACUCUAUAAACUUACAAGAAAAUCUUACACAUGUACGUGUUCGCAUAUAUAGUGAAAAAGAUCAUCACUUGUUCCAAGGAAUAGUUUUCAGUUCUUGUACAGUAGCGUCGCUGCUAACUCUUUUUCUUCUCAGCUUUGACAGAUUUGUGCGAACAGGUAAAGGCUUGGUUUAUAAUCACUACAUCACUCACCGAUCAGUAAAAGUUGCUAUCAUUUUCACAUGGAUUGCUGGUAUUUCAGAUGCAUUGUUUAUGACCCAUUUUAUGCAAGAAACAGGCAACGUCCAGUGGAUACCUAUAAUAAAGUUGCCAAUCGGUUUAUCCACUUAUUUUCUUAGAAGAGGCAUCAUACAUCACAAGUGAUACUAUCCAAAAGCUUACCAUGGUAAUAUCUAUUCCGUGUACGGCAACAUUUUCCAUUUUGUCAAUCGUCAAUUUCCUACAGGAACAAAUGCGAGUCAGUGCAGAAAGGCAGAUGCUAGGUAUGCGGAUUUCAGGCCCCCUUCACCAAGAAAAUCGUCACAUCACAAUUACCCAGUUGCUGAUGACCGUCUCCUUCUUGCUAGCCACAAUCCCCGUCGGUGUGGACUACAU